UCCUCCACCCCUCCCCUCCUCCUCCUCCUCCCGAAUCAAAAACAACCAAACGAUCUGCUGCCGUGGCCGUCAACGAUGGGUCGGCCGCGUCGAGACCACGGGCAGUGCCCCGCCGAGUAUCUGCUCCACCUCCGGCGCCUAGACGCUUUCCUCAAGCACCAUGGCCUCCUCCAAACCGCCUACACGCUGGAGAUGGAGUCUAGGGUGUUGUUCGAGCCGACGCGUCUGCAGAUGCUCGUGACGCAGGGGAAGUGGUCCGAGGCCGAUCGCUACCUGCGGUGCUUCUCCGCCCUUUGGAAGGACGACGGGGACGGCGCCGCCCAGUACACCGCGCUCCAAGGCAGCCUCAACUUCAAUGCCGUGCUCGCCUGGUUAGCCUGCCGCGGCGAGGAAGGCGGCCGCGCCGCCGCCAGGUUCAAGCCCCCCAGCGACGCCUUCCGGAAGGCCGACCCUGAGGCAGCCAAACUCAAGGACAUCUACUGCUCCAUGACCUCACAACAAGCCAGGGAAUCAGUGAACUGGGAGGAGAUCAAGCUCGGGACAAUAGACAAGAUGGAAGAGUUGCUUCGUCUGGGUCCCGACCUGGAACGGGUUCCGUCGAAUCGAUUGCCGUAGCACAUGCCCAUGCCGCAGGACAUAAUUCCUCUCGGGUACAAUUUUUACAGAUUAAUUUUCACGGGGAUCUCGGAGGUACCGGAGGAAGAAAGUCGGUCAUAAACCAGCACAUGAGCUCGCCUAUUUCCUUGUUAACAAGAGACUGCCCCGUAGUCAGAAGAUAAAACAUUCAGCUUCAGCAGCAUGCGAAGGAGAAUGAUUUCAUUGGCGGAGAUAUCAAGGAGGAAGGAAUCACAGGAUCAAAGUAGGAUCUGAUCCUUUGAGCUCUUGAAGGCUCAGGAAUGCAGAAAUCUAGUAUAUAUAUAUGUAUAUAUAUAUAAAGCGGAUUUUCAGAUACCAGGACUCAGUUUGGUACUUGUUUUUGCCAAUGUAUUCUCGGAUGUUUCGGUAAAAAAAAAAGUAUCCUCUGAUGAGAAGACCUUGUAUGGUACCUGUUCUGUCAACUAGUGACUGUUAAAAGUGAGGUGCGGCUCUCAUUCUCAACAAUGAGGUAGGCUGAAUGACUAAUAAGCGCAGCUAUCGUCAUGACUUCAGAAUUU